UUGCUCGGGAUCUGCAUCGUGAUUCUGGGAGCAAUCAUAGCCGACUUUAGCUCGGGUGCCAACGUGGCGGGAGGGGCCUACGUGGGAGGGGGAACGGCAGAAUUAGUCUGGGGGCUUGCCUCAUACUCAGAUGCUAUUCAACCUGUGCAAGCUGUCCAGAAGAAGUGUGGGGAGACGACAAACUGUGUCCUGUUCUUGGCCCUCACAUUUGCCUUCCUAGUGUGGUGUGGUGUGGCCUUCUCGCUGUGUCUAGCGGUGAUUCUGAAUGGGUUGAACUACCAUGAAGACAGGAGGGAGACGACAGCCAUGUCCUCUCGUGUAUCUCCCUAG